AUCCUCAAGGUAAGAUAUUGUUCACACUGUCCUUUGCGACACGUCGCUAGACGGGCUGACUGUCCUUUUAUCAGACACCCAUGGCCACCUUCUCCUCGAGCCCCAUUGUCAUUGAUGGCAAGGGCCAUCUCCUGGGCCGGCUGGCGUCCAUUAUCUCGAAGCAGAUUUUGAACGGGCAGAAGAUUGUCGUUGUGAGGUGCGAGGAGAUCAACAUCUCGGGCAGCUUCUUCCGCAACAAGCUGCGCUACCACAACUUCCUCCACAAACGCCAUAUCGUCAAUCCUAAAAAGUCUGGCCCAUUCCACCACCGCGCCCCCUCCAAGAUUCUCUACAGGGCAAUCCGCGGUAUGCUUCCCCACAAGACAGCCCGCGGUGCGGCUGCUCUCGAGCGCCUCAAGCUCUUUGAGGGCGUCCCUCCUCCCUACGACUCUAAGAAGCGCAUGGUUGUCCCUGAGGCCCUCAGGGUACUUCGGUUGAAGCCUGGUCGCAAGUACUGCACAGUUAAGCGGCUUUCGCACGAGGUUGGUUGGGGCUACAAGGAUGUUGUCGACCGCCUCGAGGAGAAGAGGAAGAUUAAGGCUCAGGCCUUCCACGAGCGCAAGCUCGUUUCUAUCAAGCUGCGCCAAAAGGCCGUGGCUGACACCGCCUCGUCUUUUGAAAACCUUGUGCAGCUGGGUUACUAGAUCAAUAUGCUUUGUGGCUUUUUAUUCCGUCGCUUUUUGCUGUCUGAUUCACCGCCAUGAGUCGAUCCAUGUACCCACCCUACUACCCUCAUAUGCACUCGGCGCGGGUGCGCUACAUGAAUACGAUGCAUUGCUGUAAUGGGCCUCCGUUCGUUGCAGCGUUACUUGUACAACACAACCGUCUAAUUUCAGUCUCU